UAUACUAGAAUAAAAAUGACUGAUAACCUAACUAACGAACAAAUUGCCGAGUUCAGAGAAGCUUUCACGUUGUUUGACGUCACAGGUACGGGAUCAAUCUCUACUAAAGAUCUCGGAACCGUCAUGAGGGCUUUGGGCCAGUGUCCAACGGAAGCUGAGCUCAACGAAUUAAUGAAUGAUGUCGAAAGUAACAAUUCUGGAGUUAUAGAUUUUAAAGAUUUUUUGCAACUCAUGGUCCGUAAAAUGAAAGAAACUGACACAGAAGAAGAACUAAUAGAAGCUUUUCAGGUGUUCGAUCGCGAAGGUAACGGAUAUAUCAGCGCGCAGGAAUUAAGACAUGUCAUGACUCAAUUAGGUGAACGAUUGACUCCGGAAGAAGCUGAUCUCAUGAUUGCGGAAGCCGAUAUUAAUCAAGAUGGAUUAAUAAACUAUGAAGAAUUUGUUAAGAUGAUGUUAGCCAAAUAA